UAAACUUUGGCUUUAAAAUUAAAUUAUACACAAAAAUUCGUUGGAAAUUAUCAUUUUAAACAAUAUGGCUGGAUUUUUUAAUCAUAAACUUUUGCUCAAUUGCUGUAAUUUCUUAUUUUUGAUCUGCGGAACUAUAUUAUUAUUAUCCGGCUUUUAUCUCUUCAGCGAUACAAAACGAAUAUUACUCUCAAGACUUUUAGCAGCCACCAGCGAACAACUCAAUGAUUUGCCACAACCGUUAUUUUACUACAUCUCAGUGGGCCUCGCUGUGGCCGGACUAAUAGCAGUUUUGGCCGCAAUGAUGGGAUUUUGGGCAUCUUGUCUUAAUACCUAUUGUUGCCUAAGUUUCUACUUCCUGACGGUGGUAGUGCUACUGCUAGCCGAAUCUGUUGUAUGUUUGGCCAUUACCCUAUGGCCCCAUUGUUUGGGCAUCAGUUUGGAUGAAACUAAAAUGGUUAAAGCUUUACAGGGCAACUAUGGAGUGCCGGGCCGAGAACAGUUUACCAUAGCCAUGGACUUGGCUCAGGCUAAAUUUGGUUGUUGUGCUAUGAACAGUGACAUAAAUUACGAUACCUCCAUGUGGAAGCUGCAGGGUUAUGGCCAACGUGAUUGGGUGGUGCCCUUAACCUGCUGUAUCUUAGAAAAUCCAGCCGACAGACAAUCGUAUUUAGAUCCUAAACCGGCCAAUGAAACCCUAUGUCAAUCCCUAGAGAAAAAAGACUACAAUCAAUAUCGCUUUACCACACCCUGCCUAAACUUUUUGGACAAUUGGUAUCGCGAACAAUACGCGGUUUUCUUGGCGGCCAGUUUAAUUUUAGCAGUAGUAGAAUUUUGUGUUCUACUCAGCAUUACCCUGGCCUGUACGAAAAUUUCAAGUAAAAAACUGAAAGUGGAAAGUUUUAUGGAGAUGCGUAAAAGAGCGAAAUCGCGACAAAUGCUGGUGGAGAAUAUUUACGAACCCGAAGUGGAAUUGAGGUCAGUGGAGGAAACGGCCCGAGGUGCUAUACAUGGUGUACCCAGUGAUAUUUCGGAGGAUUUUAAAGAGGUUUAUAUACAACCCAGAGAUUUGUAUAAACAACGAUUUAAUACGACCUUCAAGCCGAUAGCAAGUGAUUACAGUGUACCACAAAGAAGUUAUUUAGUUUAAUUUGGGAAUAAUACGAUAAUUAUUAUAAUGUACUGAUUUUAGUAUUUUUUUUAUACAUACCUAUUUAUAAUUUAAAUUUAUUUUACGCAUUUUUAUUGUAUUUACAUAUAGGACUGUAAUAUUAAUUUUAUAUGUUGCCUUUUUUUAUAGUUUAAAUGAAAACAAAAAAGUAUAUUAAAAGAAACCAAAGAAAUUUAAAAA